AUGUUGAUAUCGCUUGCGGUUUUUGCAAUGGGACAAAUCCGUUAUUCAAUACCUGAGGAAAUGGCAAAGGGAUCCAUUGUUGGAAAUAUUGCGAACGAUCUUGGGAUUGAACUGAAGCGGCUUGCGUCCGGAAGGGCUCGAGUGUUCACAUCGGAUGGCAGUGAGUACGUUGGGCUAGAUAGAGAGAAAGGACAGCUUGUAGUAAAACAAAGAAUGGACCGCGAGCAGCUCUGUGGAGAGGUAGCCGCUUGUAGUCUGAGUUUUGAAGUGGUUCUUGAAAAUCCCAUGGAGCUUUAUAGUAUUAACAUUGACAUACAGGAUGUUAACGACAACAGUCCUGUUUUCCUAAAGAAUGAAAUUGAACAACAUAUCAGCGAAUCCGCCCUUCCCGGAGCGCGUUUCUCCUUGGGAGGCGCAAUUGAUCCCGACGUGGGGUUAAACACUUUGCAGAAAUACGUUUUGCACCCCACAGAACAUUUUAAUUUGAAUGUACAGAGCAGUUCAGAUGGUAGCAAAAAUGUCGAAAUGGUCCUCAAAACGCCGCUGGAUAGAGAGAGUAAGGAACAUCAUUACCUUACUCUAACCGCUAUCGAUGGAGGCAACCCACAAAAAUCUGGGACAGUAAAAAUCCACAUUUCUGUUCUUGAUAAUAAUGAUAACGCACCUGUAUUCAACCAAGCGGUAUAUAAAACCUCUGUCCUCGAGAACUCAGCAGUAUCAACGCUGGUGACAACAGUUACGGCGACUGACGCAGAUGAAGGGACAAAUGCUAAUAUACAGUAUUAUUUUGAACACGCUCCAGCCAGCGUCAUGGCUUUGUUUGCUAUUGACUCGGAAACUGGUCAAAUAAAGGUUGCAGGACCCAUUGAUUAUGAAAAGCACAAGCAAUUUAAGAUAAAAGUAAUCGCUAAAGACAACGGUGGUUUAUCAGACUCAUGUGAAGUCAUUAUUGAUGUCACUGAUGUAAACGAUAAUAUUCCGCGAAUUACCGUCAUGUCUUUUUCUAGUGCUUUACCUGAAAAUGCAGCACUCGGAACAGUUGUUGGUAUGAUUAAUGUCCAAGACCUGGACUCCGUUGAUAAUGGAAAAGUCACAUGUUCAAUUGACCGCAAUUCGCCAUUCAAAAUAGUGCCAUCGUUAGCAAGCUAUUACAACCUAGUGACCGAUUCAGCACUGGACAGAGAACACAUACCCGAAUACAACAUCACCGUGACCGCAGUAGACGGGGGCAACCCAUCCCUUUCCAGUAGAGAGACUCUGAAUGUAAAGAUAUCAGACAUUAAUGACAAUGUUCCGCUGUUUGAACAGGAAAUGUAUGAUAUACAUGUAAUUGAAAACAACUCUCCAUCUUUGUCUAUAUUCUCGGUAAAAGCUAAGGACGCAGAUUGGGGCCCAAAUGCACGAAUAUCUUAUUUUCUCGACGAUGGGAGUUUAAAUGGGACACCCCUGGCAUCAUUUAUUUCUAUAAAUACAGACACUGGCGUGAUCUACGCCAUGAAGCCUUUUGAUUAUGAACAGAUGAAGUCUCUGAAAAUAAGAAUCAAAGCACAGGAUGGAGGCACUCCCCCUCUGAGCACCAAUGCAACACUGAACAUCUUUGUGCAAGAUCAGAAUGAUAACACACCACAAAUACUCUAUCCAGUGCAGACCGGUGGCUCUGUGGUGGCAGAAAUGGUUCCACGGUCAGCUGAUAUUGGCUAUCUGGUCACCAAAGUGGUGGCUGUUGAUGGGGACUCUGGACAGAAUGCCUGGCUCUCAUAUAAACUACAUAAACCUGCAGACAGGCCGCUGUUUGAAGUGGGCGCACAGAAUGGAGAGAUCAGAACUGUGCGCCAGGUGACUGAUAAAGAUGCUGUGAAACAGAAACUCACUGUUGUAGUGGAGGACAACGGACAGCCCUCUCGCUCAGCUACAGUCAAUGUGAACGUGGCGGUGGCAGACAGCUUUCCUGAAAUACUCUCAGAAUUCACAGACUUUACGCACGACAAGGACUACAAUAACAGCUUGACUUUCUAUUUAAUAUUAGCUCUGAUUGUAGUUUCAUUGCUUUUCAUUUUCUCUGUCAUUGCAAUCAUAUCAGUGAAAAUCUACAGAUGGAGACAGAGAAAGCUAUAUUAUAAAUCGGCCAACAAUCUCCCAGUUAUCCCCUAUUACCCCACAAUGUGCUCUGAUGGAACAAUGCAGCACGUGUAUAACUACGAAGUGUGCGGAACCAUGGAUUCGAGGAUGAGUGACGUGAAACCUAGGCCAUACAGCCAGAGCACCCUGGUGAGCCUGAGUCGGCCAGGGACAGUGCAGAGACAAAAGCUGGAUGCUGAACUCUCUUUAGAGGUGAGAAUGCGCGAAAAUACACAAGUUUGA